CGCUAGACUGCCAAACUCUUAUCUGCUCCUGUCGUCUCUUCCGUCGGCGUAGGCCUCAGCCAUGUCAAGAGGAACAGAACGUCUCAUAAAGAAUGUGAAGCAGUUCGCAGACAGGCAAUACAAGCACAUAACAUCCCAUUAUGGCCAGCAAUUGAUUGACAUUUUCGAGUUCCCAAUUAAGGUGGUCUUGUCUCCUUUCACUCUUGCCUUUGACAUUGCUGGCUCUGCUCCUCGCGGCUUUGGUGUCCCUGAGCUCAUAUCCAAGCUCUCUUAUCUUUCUGUCUUUGCUGUUGCUACGCUUGGAACCUACGAUAUUGCUUUGGAGCUGGGAAAGAAGGUGAUAUGUCAAAGGAAUUGUCGGACUUGCAAUGGGUGGCAGGCAUUGCGGUGUAAUAUGUGCAAAGGAUCAGGGAAAGUGCAUUACCAAGUGAAAAAUUACACCUUAAGGAGUGGAGAGAAGGCAACGGCUGAAUGUGUAGCAGAUGCUAUUGCUGACAACCGAGUGGAGUUGGUGCACCUUCCAUCCACUGUGGAUCUUAAUAUUCCUUUGCCAUCUAAAGACUGUCCAACUUGUGAUGGAACGGGUGUGAUGGGCUGUCCUGAAUGCAAAGACAAAUUACAAGUCAGGAUAUCUGCAGAUGAUAUUAUGGAACCUCCAUGGAAAGCCUAUAACGUCUUGAGAAAGAUGGACUAUCCUUAUGAGCAUAUAGUAGACAGUAUGAAAGAUCCCAGUAUUGCUGCUUUUUGGUUAUUUUCCUUACCUCAAAUUGUGGGUGGAUUCAACUAUGAUGAUGAUGUAAAGCAAAAAAUUUGGUGGCAGUACAAGGAAUCUGUGCGAUAUGAUCAACUACGAGAUUUGGUAGCAAAGCGAAAGCCAGGGUGGGAGCACUUGCAGGAAGCCUUGAUAUCUAUAGAUCCUGUCCGUGCCAGAGAAGAUCCUGUGAUUGUGAAAAAUAUCCCAUACUACAAGGCCAAAAAGGCACUAGAGGUAGAGGUCAUGAAAUUUGACCCUCCACCACGACCACAAAAUUGGGGCGAGCUGGACCUUCCAUUGAAUGCAUCAUCCUGGAGUGAGGAAGAUCUUAAAAAUCCAGAAAAAUUCUAUGAGAUGACUGUUCUUCUGAAUGCACAAAGAAAAAUUGCUGAUAAAAUCUUGGAUGCACAGUGGGAAACUAAAUGGCGCCAGGAAAAGUUGAAUGAGAUUUUGGAGGAGAAGGUGCGGCCAUACAUUCAGAACAUCAACAAUGGGGUCCUUUCCCAGCCUAUUGUAAUACAAUCACAGAAUAAGGAUAAAAAGGGUCGUCGGCAAAGGAGAUGGUGGUUUUUCUGAGUUGUGUUAGCCAUUUUUGCAUCACAGUAGUGUCUUUUGGUGUAUAAUUUGCAGUUCUCCCAAGUCCUUCCUCUCCUCUCUCUCUCUCUCUCUCUCUCACUCAUGCACACAUCUAUAUUUUUUUUUGUACUUGUGUCGUAGCUUCACCUUAUUGUUGGAUGUAUGUCGAUGAAUUAAGACGUACAAUCAAUAUUUCUUCAGUAUAUUUUCUUUCCUAA